UAUUACACUUUCUCUCUCUUUCUCAUUUUCUCUCUCUAUCAAGGUUCUCUUUGUCCCUUAUCGUCUCAUCACGUUCUCACUUUCUCGCCCCAUACGGAUUUUCCACCAUCCAACAGAAUACGCGAGAAGUUUUUCACACACACAGUCUAAGCUAUAGACACAUCAAUAUUUGAAUCAAGACUCUUAUUCUCACUCUUUAUGGCGACCUUCUACGAUCUGAAACGCCGCUUCUAAACAUAUUUUUAUAUAUAUUUCUCUCUCUUUUUUAUUUUCAUUAUGAAAUAAAUCCCUAGCUUUUCAUUCUUCUUUGCCUCGCUUUUGUGAAGAUUUUCGUUUUGGAGCUGCGGUGUAGACCUAGAUUGCCUUGCGGCCGUGUUGAUUUGUUUGCCGCGUUUGGUUUCUUGUUCGAUCUGUGGCGGCAGGGAACCUUGCGUGACGGCGUUUUUGUAUUUUAGCUGUGAACCCUAGAUUUUGUUUUUUUGGCAGCGGUGCUGUUUUGCUUUGGUUACCUGUGGUGCUGCGUUGUGUUGUGCGGUGAAUACGGUUUUGUUUAUUAGUUGCUGCCCAUGCUAUUGGGUUGAUUUUGAUGCCGCCAGAACCAUUGCCUUGGGAUCGAAAGGACUUCUUCAAGGAGAGGAAGCACGACAGGUCGGAAUCGCUUGGCUCUGUGGCGAGAUGGAGAGAUUCGUCUCAUCACCGUGAUUUCAAUCGAUGGGGAUCCGCCGAGUUUCGCAGACCACCUGGUCAUGGUAAGCAGGGUGGUUGGCACAUGUUUUCUGAAGAACCGGGUCAUGGUUAUGGGGUUUCUCGGUCCGGCGACAAGUCGAUGGAGGAAGAUAGUCGACCAUCGGUUUCACGGGGCGAUGGAAAAUAUGGCAGGAGCAGUAGGGACAAUAGAGGUUCCUUUGGCCAGAGAGAUUGGAGAGGUCAUUCGUGGGAAGUCACCAAUGGCUCUCCAAAUUUGUCCAGGAGGCCACCGGAUAUGAAUAAUGACCAGAGGUCAGUUGAUGAUUCCUUAACAUAUUCGUCUCAUCCACAUUCUGAUUUUGUAAACACUUGGGAACAGCAUCACUUGAAAGACCAGCAUGAAAAGAUGGGUGGUGUCAAUGGGUUGGUAACAGGCCCAAGAUGUGAUAGAGAGAAUUCUCUGGGUUCGAUUGAUUGGAAGCCACUUAAAUGGACCCGAUCUGGAAGCUUGUCUUCUCGAGGAUCAGGUUUUAGCCACUCAAGUAGUUCAAGGAGUAUGGCAGGGGCAGAUUCCUAUGAAGCAAAGCCUGAUUUGCAACCCAAAAAUGUCACUACCAUUGAGUCGCAUUCAGGGGAAGCCACUGCAUGUGUGACAUCUUCUAUGCCGUUGGAAGAUACAACUUCUAGAAAGAAGCCUAGGCUAAAUUGGGGCGAGGGACUCGCAAAGUAUGAGAAGAAAAAAGUCGAGGUACCUGAUCCAGGUGCAAGCAAAGAAGAUGGCCCGGUCAAUAUGGAACCCUGUAAUUUAAUCAGCCCCAACUUAGUAGAUAAAAGCCCAAAAGUUACAGGAUUUUCAGAGUGUGCAUCUCCUGCAACUCCGUCUUCUGUUGCCUGCAGUUCCUCGCCAGGGGUGGAUGAUAAAUUAUCGGGAAAGACUGCAAAUGCAGACAAUAAUGUUAGUAAUUUGACUGAGUCACCUGCACCUGGGUUCCAGAAUCACCUGCAGAGGUUUUAUCUUAACCUUGAAAAAUUGGAUAUUGACUCCUUGAAUAAUUUGGGCUCUUCAAUUGUUGAGUUAGUACAGUCUGAUGAUCCAAGUUCUGAUGAUUCUGGUCUUGUUCGGUCCAAUGCAAUUAAUAAGUUGCUUAUAUGGAAAGCUGACAUUUCGAAGGUAUUGGAGAUGACUGAAUCUGAAAUUGAUUUGCUUGAAAAUGAACUGAAGUCUCUAAAAUCUUCUGUGGAUAGAUAUCAGUGUCCUGUAGCAUUGGGCUCCCAGCAGGAAGGUAGCAGUUUGAAAUUUUAUGAAGGUGUUGAAGUCUCUCAGAAGGUCAUUCGGCCAGAACCAUUGAUAAUUAUCUCUUCUGAUGAACCCAAUAUAGAGAAGAUGCCUCAGUCAACUAAUUUAAUUGUUCAUGAAAAUGACAAGGAAGAGGAUAUUGAUAGUCCGGGAUCAGCAACUUCUAAAUUUGUUGAGCCUCCGCCUUCGGUAAAAGCAGUUUCUUCAUGUGAUACUGGAGAGUGUUAUAACUUAUCAGGGGACAUGGAUACUAUUCAACCUACUACCAUAAAAUGCCUAGUCCGCUGCACUACUAGGAAAGAUGCUAGUGUAUCUGCGUGUAAUGAUGUCAAUACUUCUACAGAGAUAAAGGAUAGCUUGGAUGAUACUACCUUUGGAGCAAGCCUAUGUUCUAGCUAUGAGGAUACUUAUAAUUCCAUUAUUGCCUCUAAUAAAGAAUCUGCCAACCGAGCGCACGAUGUAUUUGCUAAGUUAUUGCCUAAAGAAUGUAAUAAGCUUGGUAACAUGGGAGUCAGCAAUGAUUCGUCUUCUCAUACAUUAAUUAUGGAAAAAUUUGCCAAGAAAAAACGGUUUGAAAGAUUUAAGGAGAGAAUUAUUGCACUCAAGUUCAAAGCCUUGCAUCACUUGUGGAAAGAAGAUAUGCGCCUACUGUCUAAUAGGAAAUGCCGCCCAAAAUCUCAUAAGAAAAAUGAACUAAGUGUACGAACUACCUGUAGCAGUAAUCUGAAGAAUCGAUCUUCCAUUCGUUCACGGUUUCCUUUCCCUGCUGGAAAUCAUCUAAGCUUGGUUCCAACGUCAGAGAUUAUUAAUUUCACAGGCAAACUUCUUUCAGAAUCACAAGCUCCACUGCAGAGAAACACUCUGAAGAUGCCAUCAUUAAUAUUGGAUGAGAAGGAGAAGAUGGUUUCAAAAUUCAUAUCUAGUAAUGGACUGGUUGAAGAUCCGUUGGCUAUUGAGAAAGAAAGGGCUAUGAUCAAUCCUUGGACAUCAGAAGAGAGAGAAAUUUUCUUGGAGAAAUUUGCUGCAUUUGGAAAAGAUUUCUGUAAAAUUGCUUCUUUCCUUGAUCACAAGACAACUGCGGACUGUGUUGAGUUCUACUACAAGAAUCACAAAUCUGAAUGUUUUGAGAAACUGAAGAGGAAAGAUGUUGGUAAGCUUGGGAAGUCAUUUGCAGCUAAAUCUAACUUGAUGGCAUCAGGUAAAAAAUGGAAUCAUGAAGUUAAUGUUUCUUCGCUUGAUAUAUUGAGUGCAGCUUCAGUGAUGGCAGAUGGCAUUGCAGGUAAUAAAAGGAUGCGAGCAGGAAGAUUCCUUUUGGGGGGGUAUGGUAAUGUAAAAGCAUCAAGGGGCGAGGACGUCAAUAUAGAGAGAUCAAACAGUUUUGAUAUUCUUGCGGAUGAAAGGGAGACUGCUGCUGCAGCUGAUGUAUUGGCUGGUAUAUGUGGUUCACUCUCAUCCGAGGCUAUGAGUUCCUGCAUAACAAGUUCAGUUGAUCCUGUAGAUGGUAACAAGGAAAGGAACUUCUUGAAAGCGAAGCCUUUAUACAAACAACCCUUGACGCCUGAUUUUUCUCAGAAUGCUGAUGAUGAUUCUUGUUCAGAUGAGAGCUGUGGUGAAGUGGAUCUUUCUGACUGGACAGAUGAUGAGAAGGCAGCUUUUCUUCAGGCUGUAUCGUCUUUUGGUAAGGAUUUCGCAAAGAUAGCACGGUGUGUAGGUACAAGGUCCCGAGAACAUUGCAAAGUUUUCUUCAGCAAGACUCGGAAAGUCCUUGGACUGGAUGUCGCACACCCCUUACCUGGAAUUGUUGGAUCCCCGCUGAAUGAUGACGCUAAUGGUGGUGAGAGUGACACCGAUGAUGCAUGUGUUGUUGAGACAGGCUCAGUGGUUGAUGCUGAUAAGUCUGGCAAUAAAACAGAUGAGGACCUGCCUUCUGGUGUCAAUACACUCCAUGACGAAUCCAAUCCUCUGGAAGCUAGGAAUCUGUCAGCUGAGUUAAAUGAAUCAAGGGAAAUAACCGGUACAGAAGUAUGUCUUGAAAAUGUAGGUGUGGAUUCCAAUGUUUUUGCAAUUAAGGUUGAGUCUGGGCUGGGCUCUGAUGGUAGUGGAGUGGUCUUGGGCAAAUCUGACAUGACUGGUUCAGUCAAUGGACAAUCAGCUAUACUUACAUCAGAUAGCAUAGAAGUUGCAAAAGGUGAAGCAUAUAAAUUGGGAGAUGCAAUUAGAGAAUCAAUAUCUACUCCAGGAAUUAUUGAACCAUGGGAGUGUGGUUCUGUUGCUGUGGAUAGACCUUUUUCUGAUGUGUCUUCUGGAGAUCUUGGAAAUGAAGUGGAAAGGCAGAAAGUGAUAGCACCCCAAUGUGUUGAUGACAUAGAUAAUAAACAUGAAGCUGAUGAAGGUAUUGUAGUUGAAUUAAAAAGCUGUGUGUUAGAGUCAAGCACUGCUGCAAAUGUUUCAUUCUCAUCUGUGGUCAAUUCAUGUUCAGGAUUGAGUUUUGGUACUGAAAAUAAGCCCGUGUCCCUUGGAAAGCCUCAUAUCCCUGCAUUAUCUACGAAGGAUUCUCGGGCAACUGCUAAUUCAUUGUUGCAAAAAGCUGCUGCUGCUCAAUGUGAAAAAACAGUUAGCCAGGAUAGACUGUCCUCUACUUGUGAUAUUCAGGAAGGUAGAGAUAUGCGCUGUCAUAGCUCUGGCAGCAAUGGUGACCAUCAGCUUCCUCUUCCGGGGAACCAUGUUGGGACUGUUGGCAUCCUCCAGGGCUAUCCCUUGCGAGGGGCCAUCAAGGAAGAAGUGGAUGGAGUUAUGAAUUGCAGCAAUUCAGCAACUGAGUUGCCUCUUCUGCCCCAAAAGGCCAAACAGACUGAUGAUCAUUUUAAAACAACAUGGCAUUCUUCAGAUUCAGACAAAACACCCAGAAAUGGUGAUGUGAAACUGUUUGGAAAGAUACUGACCAAUCCUUCUUCCACUCAGAAACCUAGUUUGAUUUCAAAGGGAAGUGAAGAAAAUGGUACCCAUUACCCCAAGUUAAGCAACAAAUCUUCUAAUUUGAAAUUUACUGGGCAUCAUAAUUCUGAUGGAAAUUUGAAAUUUUUGAAGUUUGACCGCAGUGAUUAUCUUGGACUUGAAAAUGUUCCAGUGAUGGGUUAUGGUUAUUGGGAAGGGAAUGGAAUUCAAACUAUACAGACUGGUCUCUCAUCAUUGCCGGAUUCUUCUUUUUUGCUAGCUAAAUAUCCUGCUGCCUUCAGUACUUAUCCUUCUUCAUCUUCUUCCAAAUUGGAGCAACAACCAUUGCAGGCAUUUGCCAAGAAUAAUGAACGGCAUUUGAGUGGUUCAUCUGCUUUUACAGCUAGAGACAUUAAUGGCAGCAAUGCCAUGAUUGAUUAUCAGAUGUUUAGAAGUAGGGAUGGUCCAAAAGUGCAGCCAUUUAUGGUGGAUGUCAAACACUGCCAAAAUGUAUUCUCUGAGAUGCAGAGACGAAACAGUUUUGAAGCAAUCUCUAGUUUGCAGCAACAGGGAAGGGGAAUGAUGGGAAUGAAUAGCGUUGGAAGACCUGGGAUUCUAGUGGGAGGAGGGUCAUGCAGCGGCGUGUCGGAUCCUGUGGCAGCAAUCAAAAUGCAUUAUUCCAAUUCUGACAUGUAUGGUGGUCAGAAUGGGAGUAUUGUAAGAGAUGAUGAAUCUUGGGGGGGGAAGGGGGAUUUAGGCAGGUAGUAGUGUACCUAGCGGCAAGCUUCUCUUUUUGCCGCGUCCUGUAUAAUAGUUUUUCCUUAACUGCUCAAUACAGUGUAGGGCAAUUUAAUGGUUCUCAAGCCCGUCGUUUUUGGUAAAAUAUGUUAGGUGCUUGUAAUGUGGCAGCAGCUUUGUAUUUGUUGUAUUUGAUGAAAAUACAGAAAUAAUCUCUGGAAAAGUUAGGAGGGGCUAUUGCCAUUUUACCAAUUUGCAUUUGGAUCCCUCGUCCACAUUAUUGCUCAUUUUUGAAAUCA